AUGUCUGAAGAUUCAUCAGAUUCUUCUGAUUCAUCAUAUUCUUCUGAUGCAGUACUUCAUUAUGAUGAAUAUCAAGACUAUAAAGAUCUUACUCCUCUUCCAUUACCCGAGCAAAUUCCAGGAUUUUUCGAAAUUAAAUACACUGACGAUUAUAAACAGCUUUUUGGUUACUUUUUUGCACUUUAUACAAAGCAGGAGUAUUCACAACGUGCACUAAAUCUAUGCAAUAAAGUAAUUUCUAAGUUUUGCCUUCAUUAUUCUGCUUGGCAGUACAAACAGCGUAUUUUAGAACAUAUUGAUUUCGAUGUUAAAGAAGUCCAACGUGAAGUUGAAACCCUCAUUAAAUCUGAUACAAAAAUUUACCAAGCAUGGACAUUUUAUGAAUGGCUGAUUGACAGACAGAAAGAGCCAUUAGAUCCCAUGCCAUUAUUAGAAAAUGUGUUCAGACAAGAACCAAAGAACUUCCAUGCAUGGAGUUUCGUUAUUUGGUACGCAAAACGCUGGAAUAAUCCAGAACCACUUUACCAGCUCGCUUUGUAUCACAUCGACCUUGAUGCUAGAAACAAUAGUGCAUGGAGUGCAAGAAUGACACUUUCUGAAAUGUUAAACAAAGAUCCAGCAGCAGAAUUCGAAGAUGCUGUUAAAUCAAUUCGUGAAAUCCCACGAAAUGAGUCUGUUAGGAACUAUUUACUUGGUUUAUGCGAGAAAUAUCCUGAAUUUGUUCCGAAAUUAGUCGAAAUCGCAAAUGAAUUAAAAGAAAAGGAUCCAACGAACCCAGCAUCAUAUAGAUUACUCCUCCACAAAGCAACUCUUGAUAAGAACCAGGAAAUGAUCAACGAACUUUGCGAUAACUUAAUAAAGUACGAUGGAAUACGCGCUAACUACUACAAUCUUCUUAAAGCUGGAACCAUACAGUAUAUGUAA